AUUAAUAAUUAUUUUCAUUUCUCGUUUCCAUUUCCAUUUCCCUCUCUCUCUCUUGAGUGAUUGAUAGAUAGAUAGAUAUAGGUAGAUCGUAGAUGAGCUAGCUCAUCGGAGAUCCUCCAUCGCCUUUGUAGGAGCUUUUAUGGUGACCAGGUCUUCUUCAACACUCCUCCGCCAUUUUCUCCCUCUCUUUCCGUGUCUUUUUUUUGCUUAAUUAAUUGUGAUUUUUGAGCUCUAAUUUUGUACGGCGUGGUCAACUUCAAUUCCUAAUCCACGGCCGAGCGAUCUCCGGGUUUUGUAUUUGUAUCGCGUGUCUGGAUUUUUUGUAAUUUGCUGCUCCUUCUCUCUCGCGCGCUCUCGCAACGGGAGAGGGGGGGAAAUCGCCAGCGAGGGGCCGGGAUCACCGCCGUCCGUCGCUCGCCGGAGUCCACAGAGUUUCCGAUCUGGGAAGAAACGGACCGGUCUGUUGCGGAGGGGAGACGUGUAUACGUAGGAAAUCGGGGGGAAUUGUGUUGUGGGCGGUACCUGCUGUUAACGUGAAUUGUAAAGAGAGAGAAAGGCGUCAGGCUUUGGUGGUUCUUUCACGGAACACACGCUCCUAGAUCGCUUCUUCAUUCUUCCUACCUUUCCUUGCAUUUCCCGAAGAUAAUUUAUUCCCGUCUCUCUUUCUCUUUGUAUGAAAUGAAAUCCCCUUUUCCGUUUUGCCCCUUUCUUCCUCUGCUUUUUUGCUUCUGUUGUUGAAAGUUUUGCUUUGAAUUCCUUCCAAAUUUCUCUCUCAUUUGCUCUUCAGCAAAGUUGUCCGUACUCUAAAAGGUGCGUGCUUUCGUUUUCUCCCUGUGUUUGGCCCCUUUUUGAAUUGGUGUGUAUAGGAGUUUGAGCUAAACCUGCUACGUUCAUCUUUUGGAUCUGUUUGAUGGUUUUGUGUGUACAAAUUUCCUUUGAUUGGUUCAUUGUUGUAUUUGUUAUCUGAGUUUAUAGAAGUCAGAUAAUGCUGUUUUUUCAUACAAUUGGAUGCGUAUGAUUCUCUUGAGUUGAGAUUUUUAGUGCAUUACAAGUCCAAGUCGCAUAAUGCCAGAUUGCAUAAUGCCAUCCCAGAUGAUGGGCCCCCAGAAUUUCUCUCCCUCUUCCUUCUUCUCCGAGGACUUGCAACCCCAUGAUGAGAGCCAGAAUGGGUUUUGGAAGUCAAAUAGCAUGUAUAAUUACAAUGGUUUAAAAGAAGAGAGAACAUUCAGGGAAGAAAGCGUCCCUUCAUUGCCGUUUGAGGACCAGACACCUAUAGGUUGCCAGAUCACAAAAGGUUUUAAACCUCACAAUUCAUAUUCUUAUUUACAAAAUGAUAGGAAGCUGGCAUCUGCAACACAAAAGCAUGCAAUCGGAUCAGAAAGAGCAGCCAGCCAAUCUUUGGCAAGAACUCUUGAUCACAGCGUAGGCACAACUUCUAUUUGCCAUACAGAAUCCACAUCUUAUACAUCGGAAAGAGACAACAUAAAGAUGCUUGGGGAUCAACAUGAAAAUGGUCUUUUUUCGAGUUCAUUAUCAGAGUUGUUUAGUAGAAAGUUACAACUGACAACAAACCGCUCUAUAUAUGGACAUUCCAUUGGUGCUACUGCUCUACAUAAUGAGGAAGAGGAACCUUUGGAAUCCCUUGAAGAACUCGAGGCUCAGACUAUUGGAAAUCUUCUGCCUGAUGAUGACGACUUAUUUGCAGCAGUCACUGAUGGGUUUGACUGUGUUGUCCAACCCAACAAUGGAGAUGAUGGAGAAGACUUGGACCUGUUUAGCAGUGUUGGUGGGAUGGACCUGGGAGAAGACGGCUUCUCCUCAAGCAGAAGGAAUUCUGGCUUGCUUUUAGGAGCUCCAGGUGGUAGGAACUUCCCGUUUGAAGAGUAUCCAUCCAGAACACUCCUCAUAAGAAACUUAAAUAGCAAUAUUGAAGAUUCUGAAUUGCAGUCUCUUUUUGAGCAAUACGGAGAUAUUCGUUCUCUUUCUACAGCCUGCAAGCAUCGUGGUUUUGUUGUGGUAUCCUAUUACGAUAUCAGAUCUUCCCUAAAUGCAAUGAAAGCUCUCCAAAAUAAGCCAUUGAGACACAUGAAGCUAGACAUACAUUUUGCUGCCCCUAAGGGCCAUCCAUCUGAGGACAUCAACCAGGGUACUGUAAUGGUUUUCAACCUUGAACCUUCUGUGUGUAAUGAUGAGAUUCAUCAUAUCUUUGGUGCCUAUGGAGAAAUUAAGGAGAUCCGUGAGAUUCCACAUCAAAGCCAUUACAAAUUGAUACAGUUCUAUGAUAGUAGGGCUGCGGAAGCGGCUAUAUAUGCCUUGAACAAUAGCUACAUUGCCGGGAAGCAGAUUAAGCUUGAACCAAGUCUUACUGCUGGGGCUAGGCAGUUGCAACAAUUUUCUCGAGAAACAAAACAUGAUGAAAUUGGUCUUCAUGUGCAACAGAAUAGUUAUCCUAGUAACUUUGUGACUGGAUAUUCUGGUCAAGGUACACUUGGUGGACUUGCUGCAAAGUCACUAACUCACUAUUCGGACAAUACCUUGGACCAUGGGAUAUCAUCAUUUAAUCCUAACUGCUUAGCCUCUCUGGUCAGGCUUGAAUCUGUUGGCAAUCAGUCUAAUCUCUGUGAUACCAGCCAUUUAAUGGGUCAAAUGAACAUUGAGUUCAUGCGCAAGACAAACGGCCUCCCCUGUUCUCUUCCAGAAUAUCUUGAUGGGUUAACCAAUGGAGUUGCCUCCAGUUCUCUAGGUGUCAUGUCCCCAAAUAUUAAUGGUUGGACGUCAGAAGUGACUGACAAUCAGCAAUUCCAUCGAGUUGGCUCAAAUAGGCUCUCGGUUGGGCUGCAUGAAGGCGUUUUUGGUCCCACUGGAAAUGGAAGCUGUGCACCAUCUGGAGGGCAUCCAUAUGCAUGGAGUGCUUCUCCCCAUCAUCAACAGCCUCCUCAAGAAAUGAUGUGGCCAAACUCACCAUCACUUGUAAAUGGAAUUCACACUGCUCACUCACAACAAAUGCAUUCUGUUUCUAAUGCACCUACUCACAUGCUGAAUACACAUCUACCAAUAAGCAACCACCACAUGGGAUCAGCCCCUUCUGUCAAUGCUUCUAUUUGGGAUAGAAGACAUGUGUAUGCUGGUGAAUCUCCUGAAGUUUCUGCUUUCCAUCCAGGUUCUCUUAGUAGCUUGCAGAUCACUGGCAACUCACCCCACCACACCUUGGACUUUGUCAGUUUUCCUCGGGGCGGUGGAAACUGUAUAGAUUCUCAAAUCACUUCAAAGAGUGUCGGAUUACCGUCUCCUCAUCAGAGGUGUAUGAUGUUUCCUCCGAGGGGCCAAAUGAUUCCUAUGAUGAGUUCAUUUGAUUCUCCAAACGAGAGGUCAAGAAGCCGAAGAAAUGAAGGCCCUUCAAAUCAGACAGAAAACAAAAAGCAGUUUGAGCUUGACAUUGAACGGAUUGUUCGGGGGGAAGAUAAGCGGACAACAUUAAUGUUAAAGAACAUUCCUAACAAGUACACAUCAAAAAUGCUUUUAGCUGCAAUCGAUGAACAACAUAAAGGAAUUUAUGAUUUCAUCUAUUUGCCCAUCGAUUUCAAGAACAAAUGCAACGUGGGGUAUGCAUUUAUUAAUAUGAUUGAUCCAUCGUUCAUCAUUUCUUUUUAUCAAGCUUUCAAUGGAAAGAAAUGGGAAAAGUUCAAUAGUGAAAAGGUAGCAUCACUUGCAUAUGCACGCAUCCAGGGCAAAGCUGCCCUUGUUGCUCACUUCCAGAAUUCUAGCUUGAUGAAUGAAGAUAAGCGAUGCCGUCCUAUUCUUUUCCAUACUGAUGGUCCCAAUGCAGGCGAUCAGGUUCCCUUCCCUAUGGGUGUCCAUGUCAGGUCAAGACCCAACAAAAGUCGAGUUGGCCCAAGUUGCGAUGAAAACAACCAUGAAACUCAAAAGAGCCCAUCAAAAGAGUCACUCUCACAUGGAGAGUCAUCUUCAGUACCUGUCCAGGAAUCCAAUUAAAUGCAGCUAACGUUUCUAUGAAUGAGACUUAUUUUCACCCAAAAUAUCCUCAUGUACAUUAUAGUAAUAUUAUUAUGGGUAGUGUCAAUGGAGAAGAAAGCUUAAAAGGAGGAAUGAAGGUAAGACUUCCUUUUGUUUCAGAAUAUUGACGGCCUUGUGAGUUUAGCUGAUAAAGAAUGACAAGUGUUGCCCCUUUUUAUGUGUGGGACCUACCCUAAUACCCAACAUAAGGUCCCCCCGCGGAGCUUCAAAAUUUUGGAAAUACUAAUUGGAUGUACAAAAGUGUAUAUGAGAAGAGUUUUGUUGGGCUGGCGCCGUGAUGAAGGCUUCGAUCUUGUGGUAAAAUUUUCCCCUACCUUGCCAGAGCAUGCCAAGGCAGACAAUUUUUGUUGUGAAUGUUUUGUGUCCUGAACCUUUUUUUUAAUUUGGUGUCUUGAACCUCGUGUUUGGGAUGUUAUUGAAACUCAUAAGCAUGUUCCUUGUUAUAGAUUGUGGCUGUAACUUUUGUUGUUGUUUGAAAUGGAAUGUUGUAUAACUUGUAUUUAUUUGGAUGUUAGCUACUGAUGUCACCGCUUAUUUGCUUAGAUUAUUCAUGAUGUUGCUGUGGAAUUUGAAACCUUGGACGGUUGGACCGGGUUAUUUCUUACUUCCUCUAUAACAUUCAUAUCUUCUCACUU